AUGGGGACACUGGUGGUCGGCACCGAGUGCUACGACGUGGUGGCCACGGUGGGGAAGGGGACGUUCGGGGAGGUGACGCAGGGCUGGCGGAGGAGCACGGGGGAGAUGGUGGCCAUCAAGAUCCUGAAGAACGACGGCCACCACAGCUGGGUGGUGAAGAACGAACUGAGGCUGAUGCAGGCCCUGCGGGAGGUGGACACAGAGGGGUCGCACAUCGUCCGCUUCCUCGAGCCCUUCAGCGACGGUGCCCGCACCUACCUGGUCUUCGAGCUGCUGGAGCAAAACCUCUUUGAUUUCCAAAAGCAAAACAAUUUCUUGCCAUUGCCCAUCCGGCACAUCCGUACCAUCACGGCCCAGGUGUUGGUGGCGUUGGCCAAGCUGAAGGAGCUCUCCAUCAUCCACGCCGACCUCAAGCCCGAGAACAUCAUGCUGGUGGACCAUGCGCGCUAUCCCUUCCGCGUCAAGCUCAUCGAUUUCGGCUCGGCCAGCAUGUUCACUGAUGUCCGCCACCUCAAGGAUCCCUACAUCCAAUCCCGCUUCUACCGAGCGCCAGAGAUCCUGUUGGGGUUGCCUUUCUCUGAGAAGGUAGACAUCUGGUCUUUGGGCUGUGUGGUGGCUGAGCUCCACUUGGGUUGGCCGCUCUACCCCGGCGCCAAUGAGUACGACCAAGUCCGCUACAUCUGCUCCACCUUGGGGCUACCACGGGGUGAGCUGCUCUGCGCCGCCCGGAAGGCGCGGUCCUUCUUCCGACGGGUGCCGCAUCCCACCAGUUCCUGGCAGCUCAAACCGCCGGGUGAAGCGAUGGUGAAGGCAACGGAGAGGAGGAAAUUUGUCUUCUCCUCGCUGGAUCAGCUGGCAGCGGUGAACAUCUGCCCGGUGGCUUAUCCCAGCCAGGAGGCACUAGCCGAGCGCUGCGACCUGUGCGGGAUGGUGGAUCUGGUGAAGAGGAUGCUCACCUGGGACUCGCAUGAGAGGAUCAUGCCCAGUGCCGCCCUCAAGCAUCCCUUCAUCUCCCUGCAGGAGGUGAGGUCCGGCUUUGAGGCCACACGGUACUACCAGCUGUGCCAGAAGGACCUGAGGGCAUCUCGCAAGGAUUCUGGCGCCGGUGGGAUCUUCCCCGGCAUGGAGGAAGGCGCCUUCGUCCCCGCCAGCCACUGCAGCAUCCAGAAGGCCAUCGCCCAGAUGGAUGGGCUCAGCUUGGCCGAGCCGGUUGGGGACACCGGUGACAAGAGCCAGCAGGACGUCAGCCAAGUCCCCAUCCCCACCCACUACAGCACUGGGCAGCGCCGGCAUCACCGGCGGCCCAAGACGGAGCCCUCUGCGAGGAAUCUCAUUGUGCUGGGGUCCCCCGGCAGCGGGGGACAGCACAGCCAUCGUGGUGGCAGCGUGGUCAGUGGUGGCAUCAUGGAGCAGAACCUGUCGGGGAGACCCUACACCUUGCCCCACACCAAGCAGAGAGCUCCGGUGAUGCAGCGCGACCCCAAGCCCCCACAUCCCAUCCCCCUUCCUGAGGACAGGCUCUGA